AUGCUCACGGGUUGCCGAUGGGUACGACGAGAUUCUGGAAACCGCGAUUUGACAUGGCGAAUCGGCUCGAACUUUGCGACAAAGCCCCCAGAGGUGUCCUUUGAUGGAUUUUACGCGCAAAAAUGGUGGUUACCACAUCUCCCGGCUCUUUCAACUCAGAUCUGGGUUGAGAGAAGAUGUAGUGCGACCACACCCUUUGACACAUGCACAUUGAUGACACGCCCUUUCAGAGCCACCACCACCACCCUUCGCAGCGCACUUCACGCACGACAGCAAGUCACCCCAGCGCUGCAGAGGCUUCGCCUGUCGUUCAUUCCACAGACAAUGGCCAAGCGAAAACGUUCGUCGGUAGCAGCGGUUGCUCCCACGACAGAUGAGGCGCCUGCCAUGGACAAGAAGAAGAUGCGUCGUUCGGAAGUGCCUCUGCCUGCAAACACCAGACUCACAAAGCCCCCGCAUCGCCAGUUGCCUCGUGGGGCCGCAGCUGCAAUCACGGACCCAAAUCUCAAUCCUGAUAUCAAAGAUGGAGUAACCGCAUUGCGAGCAUCGCCUGACGGGCAUGAAGAUGUCGGCCCGGAACCUCAUCUGAAACCCCCUCUCGUUGACGGGUCUGGGACAGCAAAAGGGGCCAGUGCGGGGAGAGAUGCAACCACGGACAUGAAAGCUCUGGUUGUAUCAAACGGCAAUGCAUCUGUCUCCACCCCAGCAGGAGGCAAGGGUAAGCGCAAGAAGACUGGCGAGCCACAUGUGAAAAACACUGUCGAAGUUCGAGUUGCUGAGGGGUUCACGGCCAAGGUCACCGGACCUGCAGAAAACACCGGGAUGGCUGGCGAUCCCGAAGUCGCCGAGGGACUAGACGAGGAAGUGGAAGAUGAGGCAGAAGUCAAGGAAGCGUUGUCGAGACCGCCUCCGCUAAACUCUAACUACCUUCCUCUUCCAUGGAAGGGCCGCUUAGGCUAUGCUUGUCUCAAUACAUACCUGCGGACCGCGAACCCUCCUGUUUUCAGCUCUAGGACAUGCCGCAUCGCGAGCAUCAUUGAGCAUCGCCAUCCCCUCAGGGACCCUUCACAGCCCGAGCACGCCAUCAAGAACCGCCCAGACAAGGAGCAGGCGCCAGACAUCGCCAGAGGCCAGCGCUAUGUCGAGGAGAUUGGCCUCGCUAAUGCGCGAGACAUUGGCAGGAUGAUACAAUGGAACGACAAGUAUGGCAUCAAAUUUAUGCGCUUGAGCAGUGAAAUGUUUCCCUUCGCAAGCCACGACGAAUAUGGCUACAAGCUUGCGCCUUUUGCCGCAGAGACGCUUCGAGAAGCCGGCGAGGUCAUUGCCAAGCUUGGCCAUAGAGUGACAACGCAUCCAGGCCAGUUCACACAGCUAGGUUCGCCACGGAAGCAGGUCAUCGAGAAUGCUAUUCGUGAUUUGGAGUAUCACGAUGAGAUGCUGUCGCUACUCAAGCUGCCUGAGCAGCAGAAUCGAGACGCCGUCAUGAUUCUGCAUCUUGGUGGUGCCUAUGGCGAUAAGCCUGCUGCCAUUGCCAGGUUCAAGGAGAACUAUGCCAGGCUUUCUCAAAGUGUCAAGAAUCGUCUUGUUCUGGAGAAUGAUGAUGUUGUUUGGUGCACACACGAGCUGUUGCCCCUUUGCCAGGAGCUCAACAUUCCAUUCGUGCUAGACUAUCACCAUCACAAUAUCAUCUUUGAUGAGACUCAGAUUCGUGAGGGCACUAAGGAUGUCAUGGAUCUCUAUCCAGCCAUUCUCGAGACAUGGUCCAGAAAAGGCAUCACUCCUAAGAUGCAUUAUUCUGAGCCCACCCCGGCAGCCAUCUCUCGUACGGCUCGACGAAAGCAUUCACCUCGUGUGAUGACGCUACCGCCCUGCCCUAAUACUAUGGACUUGAUGAUUGAGGCCAAAGACAAAGAACAGGCCGUGUUUGAACUGAUGCGAACCUUCAAGCUUCCAGGGUUCCACACAUUUAAUGAUAUUUUGCCACACGUGCGGCAUGACGAGAACAAGCCUUGGAAGCCCAAGCCUAAAAAAGCCGUGAAGAAGAAUAGAAAGAAGAAGGCCGACGAUACUGAAGAGACUGGGGCUAAACUCGCAGAGGAAGAAGAAGAAGAGGAGGAUGUGCCGCCACCCAUCAUACCUGAUGAAGAAGUAGCCAUGGGUGGGCCUGAGGGUCGAGUGUACUGGCCCCCAGGUAUGGAGGACUGGCUUAGACCCCCAAAACGCGUUAUAAAGAAGAAAGAGGAAGGUACAACCACACUUGCAAAAAGGAAGGCCAAGACUACCAGUGUUCUGGAGACAGCAUCAGUCACGAGUGAAGUUGGACCUGAUGAAGUCAAGACGCCAGCGAAGAAGCCACCAGCGAGUAAGCGAGGUGUCAAAUCAACCAAAAAGAAUUCGGCGAAGUCAGUGCCUACGCCUUCGGCUUCGGACGAAGAGGACGAUCAUCUUAGCUCACCACCGCUCACUGACCUAGGCUCAGAAGACGAGGCUCCUGUUGUGCAGAAGCGAGAUGCACGCCCUCCUGCUACCCGGAAGAGGUCAGGCAGAGCUACGGCUAGGGUGAGCUACAAGGAGGAGGAAGCAGACGAGAUGAUCAUGUAA